ACUAAGGUAACUUUUACUCUGGAAGGGACGCGUGCUUUAUACUUGAUGGUAAUCUGAUUGUGUUGGUUGCAAUAUUUCAUUGGAGGUCGUUAGGUCGGUAGUUAGCUUCGCAAUUACACUGGCCAUAGAUGAAUGCGGAACAUUGAUUCUUUUUUGCACAAAUUGUACAACUUUUUGGUAUUUUCUUAAAACGAUCAAUCAUGUAUCUAUAUGGAACGACCAAUCAUGUAUCUAUGGUCCCAUCUGGUGCGACACUCUCACCUGCUCAGCGGGGAAGCCAUGUUACACACCACAACAAGCAAAGAAAAUAUCAAAUCAUAGAGGCAUGAAAGGUCAGAGUCGUAACAACUCACAACCACUCCUUUGUCCGUAAGAAUUUAUAAAAACCGCCCAAUCCAAUUAUUUCCUUUACAGAGCGGAAUAACGUGCAUCAUCGGUGUCGCUCUCUCUCUCAUUACACACUCGUACACACACGCACCUAAACCUUAAUUGGGUAUUAGGUCACUUGUCCUGAUCACUCUCUCAUUUGCUGCAUCUUCAAGUAUCAGCAAUGUCCAGCCAACUCCUCUAGUCCUCUCUUGUCGUUGCUAACCACCCCCAACCACACAANAAAAAAAAAAAAAAAAAAAAAAAAAGGGAAAAAAAGAAAAAAAGAAAAAAGAAAAAAGGUCCCGAUCAAGAACUUAAAAUACUACAACCCAUUACCCACUCCCAGAGCUUUCACAGUUCUCACGACCCUUCUCCUCCUCCUCCUCCUCCUCCUCCUCCUCCUCUUCCCCUAUAAUUUGUUGCUAAAGAUGAAUAUCAGAAAAGCACUUCACUUACUAGCCAUGAAGGCCAAGCUACAAAACUCGUUUCGAGCCAGAACAAAACCGAUCCUCCUCGGCUUCUCCCUCCUCAUCAUCCUGCUCCUCCUCGUGUUGAGAUCAAACCUCUCGCCCACGCCGCUAAACCAGCGGGCGGCGACUCAGGCGGCGGCCGGUGCGGCGUCGUCGGCAUCCCCAUGCGCGAAGCUCCCGGCGUCGGUGGCCGACGCGAUCGUGCACUACGCGACGUCGAACGUGACGCCGCAGCAGACGCUGGACGAGAUAUCGGUGACGGCGCGCGUGCUGGCGCGGAAGUCGCCGUGCAACUUCCUGGUGUUCGGCCUCGGCCACGACAGCCCCAUGUGGAGCGCGCUCAACCAGGGCGGCCGCACCGUCUUCCUCGAGGAGGACGCGGCGUGGAUCGCCACGGUGCGGGAGAAGCACCCGGCGCUGGAGACGUACCACGUCGCGUACGACACCCGCGUGAGCGACGCCGAGGGCCUGCUGGAGCUGGGGCAGCGCCCCGAGUGCACGGCGGUGGCAGCGGGAGGCGGCACGGCUUCGACGACGACGACGUGCCGCUUGGCGCUGAAGGAGCUGCCGAGGGUGUUCGACGAGGUGGAGUGGGACGUGAUCAUGGUGGACGCGCCGACGGGGUGGAUACCGGAGGCCCCCGGGAGGAUGGGGGCCAUAUACACCGCCGGUAUGGCCGCGAGGAUGCGGCGCAGCCCCGGGGAGACCGACGUGUUCGUGCACGACGUCGACCGGCCGGUGGAGGAUAAGUUCUCCAGAACCUUCUUGUGCGACGGCUACCUGAAGGAGCAGCAGGGCAGGCUCAGGCACUUCGCCAUCCCCAGCCACUUGAACAACCCGGGAACGCCAUUUUGCCCCUGAGCACGCAGACUAGCUAGAUAUAUUCAUACAUUUUAAUUACUCUUGUUAAUGAUCUGUUUUAUUUUUUAUUUUUUAUUUUUUGUUUUAGCGUAUAAUUAAUUUGUUCUGGAUGCAUGCAUGGGUGAGCUAGAGUUGCUGGCUUCAGGAUAAGGAGAUAGGCAUAUGUACGCGCCUACUGGAUGAGAAUUGGUGAUUCGGAUACUCAAUCUUCUUAGCUUUUAUAUUGGAAUUAUUAUUGGUGCA